AUGUCUGCUCGUGCACACUCUCCACCCAUCUCGACUUUCAGCUCUCAAUCUGACACUGCUCCUAUCGUCUCUCCGCAGCUCGACACAUCCUCCACCACUGCUUCAGCAAAGACCAGCAAGAGACGACUCUUCGGACUUGGAAAGAAAAAGGACAAGGCCGCCGACAGCAGCAGCACCGUCAUGGACGCGACAAACAACGCGACGCAAUCUUCACCAAUCGCCAGGCCAGCAAACAUGAUCCCUCUCACCUCGUCCCCCUCUCCGCCCAAUCGCUUUGUCGCAGCUUCACCGACGCGUCUACCAUUUGCCCUGGCUUCGAGCCAAUCCACCUCGACACUGGCCUCGUCGCAGAUCUUCGAGCGCAACGUCCAAGAGUCAGCUGUACCCAGCGAAAUGUCGGAUGCCAUCCCGGCUCACAUCCAGACCGAAGACCAUAUUCCUGCUGUCCUCGAGGCCUCGUCACUUGCAAUCACAGACAACCAUCUGAACCCGGACCAAGUCGAGAUUGUCACACACACGGCGCACCAACCUGCUUCCGAGAAGGUUGCAGAGGGCACAGCCAGCGCUCUUCACUCGGACGCCCAACUGCCAACCUCACCCCAGGACUCGCGGCAUGAGAGCUUCCACUCGGCUGGCUCGCAUCCGCCGGACGCCGAUGACGCGGCAUCAAACUACGGAGCCUUGGAUCCUGCCGAUGUGCGCAGAUUGAGCUUCAUCUCGUUCGCCGACGUUGUACAAGCAGAACAGGCCGAGUCUAAAGAUUCUCUUCAUCACGCAACAAUGUCAGCCAGUUCUUUUGGUCACAUGCAAACCCACUCUCCUCCAAUGCCUCGCUCGCCGUCACCUACGCGCUCACCACUAUCUUCGCAAUACUCGCAAGAAGUCACGACACCUCCGCUUGGGAGUAACCCAACCUCAAUCAAGGGUUUCGACAUGAGCCCAGUACGCAGCCCAAUCGGCAGUCCUCAUCACCAGCAACAUGGAGAGCUCACCAUUGAAACGAUGCGCCAGGCGCUGCGCAAGACAGCCAGUGGUGACUUUACAGGAGCCAAGAUAGUCCCAUACCCGACAGGCUCCACCGGAUUCGAAGACGCCGGUCUCGAAAGACAUGGCUUCAGAUGA